AUGUAAGACGCUUAGAAACUUUAAAAAUUAUCUUAACUUCCAAAAAACUUUUCAGAUUGGCAAGUUGGUGAUGAUUACGAGAUAAUACGAUAAAUAGGAUCGGGAUCUUAUGGGUAAGUUGUAGAAGCUAUGCAAAAAUCUAUUAAUCGGAAAGUCGCUAUUAAGAGAUUGACAGCAAUAUUUGAUGAUGAAAUUGACUGUAAAAGAAUUUUAAGGGAAAUUUGCAUCUUGAGGGAAUUGAAGCAUCAGAAUUUAAUUCAAAUCAUAGAAAUUCUAGAACCAUAAGAUCCGAAAUCAUUUGAUACAAUAUAUGUUGUUAUGGAGUAUGCUCAAAGCGACUUAAAAAAAUUAUUCAAAUCCCCAAUCCACUUAUAAUUUCUGCACAUCCAAACCAUUGUUUAUAAUAUAUGUGUAGGUCUUAAAUAUUUACAUUCUGCUAAGGUUUUGCAUAGAGACUUAAAGCCAGCAAAUGUUCUAUUAAAUGAAGAUUGCACUGUUAAGAUUUGCGAUUUUGGAUUGGCCAGAAGUGUUCAAGGAAUUGAUGCUACUGAUUAGGCAUUAGAAGAAGAACUUGCUAGGCAAUAGGAAGAGCCUAAAAAGAAAGAUGAGAAAAAAGGUCCUAGAAUGCUGUAAAAAUAAAACAAAUUAAACGCCAAAGCUGUAAAAAGAGAGUUAACUGGUCAUGUAGUAACAAGAUGGUAUAGAGCCCCAGAAGUUAUUCUCUUGGAAAAAGAUUAUACUGCAGCUAUUGAUGUUUGGUCUGUUGGUUGUAUUUUUGCUGAGUUGUUAAAUAUGAUGAAAGAAAAUGCACCAACAUUUUUAGAUAGAGCUCCUCUAUUUCCUGGAACCAGUUGUUUUCCACUUAGUCCAGAAAGAAGUGCUAUAGCUAAGAAAGGAGGAUUUCCAUAUUCGAAUACUGAUUAACUCACAGUUAUCUUUUCUGUAUUAGGAACCCCUGGAGACAAGGAUAUGGAUUUUGUAACUGAUAAAAAAGCUAUAGAAUAUUUGAAGAGUUUUCCCAAAAAACCUAAGGUUGCAUUUGUAGAAAUAUUUCCAGGAGCUCCUCCUGAGGCGUUGGAUUUUUUAGAUAAGUGUCUAUAAUUAAGUCCAAAAAUAAGAAUCACUUUGGAUCAAGCUAUUGAACAUCCUAUGCUUUAAAAAGUCAGGGAUAAAAAGAAAGAAAUCGUUGCUCCUGGACCUAUAUAUUUAGAUUUCGAAUAAGAAGGUGAUUUAUAAAUUCCGAGAUUAAGAGAGUUAUUUUUAAGAGAAAUUUCAAAGUAUAAACGUUGA